UAUCAAUAGAGAGAUAAAUAUCGUUAUACAUAUAAUAAAAUGCUGCUCGAGUAUUCAUGCAAGGUUUUUUCUUCGACUGAUUCAGGCAAUUCAGAUUAUCACUGACGAAAACCUAAGGCAGAUUUUUACAGUCAAUUUGAUCGGCGAGGAAAAACCAAGAAAAGAAAUGAAAGAUCAAGGGAACUUUGGAUCCUAAGGCUGUCUCGUUAGUGGGUUUCAGGCAUUGCGUGAAGCAAAAUGAUGAAAUUACGAACGUAUGCGGGGCUUAGUUUGGUUGCUACACUUGCUGUUAUUUACCAUGCGUUUAACAGCAGAGGCCAGUUCUAUCCGGCAAUGGUUUAUCUGUCAACCUCCAAGAUCAGUUUGGUGCUUCUCCUCAACAUGGGUCUCGUCAUCAUGUGCAUUAUGUGGCAGCUAACUAAAAAGGUCUUCCUUGGGUCCCUUCGAGAAGCGGAGGUAGAGAGGCUGAAUGAACAGUCAUGGCGGGAAGUCAUGGAAAUACUUUUCGCUAUCACUAUUUUCCGGCAGGACUUUUCAGUUACAUUUCUUGCCAUGGUUACUGCUCUCUUGUUAAUUAAGGCUCUGCAUUGGUUGGCUCAAAAGAGGGUUGAGUAUAUUGAAACAACUCCAUCUGUUCCCAUGUUGUCUCACAUCCGAAUAGUUUCUUUUAUUGGAUUCCUCCUCCUUCUGGAUAGUCUCUUCUUGUACAAUUCUUUGAAGUAUUUGAUACAAACACGACAGGCUUCAGUUUCUCUCUUCUUUUCGUUUGAAUACAUGAUACUGGCGACAACAACUGUUUCAACAUUUGUAAAAUAUGUUUUCUACGUCAGCGACAUGCUUAUGGAAGGACAGUGGGAAAGAAAGGCUGUCUACACCUUUUACUUGGAACUUAUUCGGGACUUGCUGCACUUAUCCAUGUAUCUGUGUUUCUUUCUUGUGAUUUUCAUGAACUAUGGUGUGCCUUUGCACUUGAUUCGGGAGCUUUACGAAACAUUUCGUAACUUCAAGAUUCGUGUUGCAGAUUACAUUCGUUACCGGAAGAUCACCUCAAAUAUGAAUGAUCGUUUCCCAGAUGCAACACCGGAAGAGCUGAAUGCAAGUGACGCAACCUGCAUUAUUUGUCGUGAGGAGAUGACCACAGCCAAGAAACUAAUCUGUGGCCAUUUUUUUCAUGUGCAUUGCCUUCGGUCAUGGUUAGAGAGGCAACACACAUGUCCUACUUGCAGAGCCCUUGUUGUACCACCUGAAAAUGGGACAAAUACGGCUGGUUCCCAAACUGUGCACCAACAAGGCACAGGAACAGGCACAGCAAGUGCAUCUUCUCAGGCUUUAACUGGUGGUGGUGCGGCAAAUAAUAACAUUAGCCAGCAUCAGGCAAGACUCCAAGCUGCUGCUGCUGCGGCCUCAAUAUAUGAGAAAUCUUAUGUUUACCCUUCCGCGAGUACAUUAGCGUGGUCCCCCGGGUAUGCUUUACUCCCCCAAAUAUAUGGCAACUCUACAAAUAAAGAUUUGGGUCGAGAACAAGCUUCCAAUAGAGACCCACAACAUCAAUUUGCAACCCCUGGUGGACCUGCAAAUGUCCAUUUUCCUCAGUUUCCAUACGCUGGUUUGGUCCCUUUUCCUGGGGCCAAUAUGAAUUAUGGAGAGGGGUCAGAGAGUAAUCCAAUUAGAUCAGACUCCCAAUUGGAGGUUCAAAAAGAAUUUAUUCAGCACCAGAUUGAGGUUUUACAAAACCAACUUCUACUUCUGCAGAAGCCAAAAGGCGAGAAAAGCAUGGUGGCACCUUCUGAUAGCAAGGGAAAGACGGCUGCCUCACCAUCUUCAUCCAUUUCGGACUGUGGUCGACAUGAGGAGUCGACAUGAGGAUCAUGAAGAGAUCAAGACAGACGUUGCACAAUUGUAGAUGUGUAACAAGGUGACUAGAUGCUCGGAUUUUUUUAAAGGAAAAACAAAAAAUGUCCCUCUUUUUAGAGCAGCUUAGAGAUCAUACUUCAUAUGUGAAACAUCUUUGUACCUUGGCAAAAAGUGUAAAAUUUGCAUGUGCAGUACAAGGCUAUAAUGCCUUUUGUUCCUGUCUAUCAGCCUCUUCUUUCUUUAGUUACCAGGAAUCCACAUUCGAGGCUUUCAUUUUAUUUUAUUAUUAUUAUUUUUUAAUGUAAUCUUGAUUUACAAGGUGUAGGAAAACUGGAAGGUCACCACUAUUUUAGGAUGGAUUCCAUUACUUGAAA